AUGACGCGCAUAGUGUGCGUCAGGCUGCAGUGAGAGCGCGGAAAAGGGGUUUUCAAGUGUUUUCGGGUUUCAUCGGUUCUGAAUGACUAUUUGAACGGUGUAAACAGACUGUCGGUCCAGUAUGUUUUCUCCCCGCGGCACCCCGAGCUCAGGCCGCCGACAGACGCCCCGGAGCGCCGUUCGGAAGAGUUUGAGCGCGGCUCAGCCGGGACUGUUCUCACCACGCCGUUCGGCAGCCAGAGCGUCCUCUCGAGUGCAGAGUCAUGCCGCUGUGGAUUCGAGAAAUUUUGAUGUUCAGACGUUCGGAUCAUCUCUGCCUGUCAAAGUCAUGGAAGCGCUCACCAUGGCCGAUGUGGAUGAUCAGAUCUCAGUAAAGGUUGAAGAGUCAGGUUGGGCGUGGAUGGUUUGUGGAGAGAGGUUGAUCAUAUGGAAAGUAUCUCAGACCGCUGUGGCGAAGCUGUCAGUGUGCAAGGAACUCCAGUUGCCUUCCAGUGAGUUUGCAUACAGCGCCGAUCUCAUUUCCAUAAAUUCUUCCAGUUCUUUGAAGACGGCACCCAUACAGUCCAUCUGUGCGUUGGUUGUGUCUCCAGAUGGUUCAGCUCGUUUCUGGCCCAGUCUGGCUCACGAAGGGACGUACACUGAGACGUCUAUGGACCUGGGUGGAAACCUGUGCAACUACGUAGCAUCCAUUAAGGGUGGUAAUUUUCUCGUGUCGUCGUUCCGCGGCCAGGUGCUCCGGGUCAUUCCGGAUUCAUCCGGUAAACUGUACCAGAGGCCCGCGCAGCAGGGUCAGAGAAUCCUGUCAGGAAUUGGCCGCAGAGUUUCCAGCCUAUUCGGCAUCCGCGGAGCCCCGUCAGACCUCACGGUGUUCAGCGUGUUGUGGAUGAAAGAGUCCGGCUGGCUGUAUACUCUCAGCUCUUGUGGGAUCAAUAAGUGGGAGGUGUAUGAGAACUAUGAACAGCAGGUUUUGAACUUGAGCAUCAAUCAGAACAUCGCAGACAGCAUCGCCGAUGCCAUCUGGGACUCAGAAAGCAACUACUCUGAGAUCAAGAAAGGAGUCAAAGUUGCUUAUCUGGACAUGCAGCUCAGCGAAGCAGGAUUGGUGGUGCUGGCAGCAGCGUGGCAUCCUGCCGACACGCCAUGCCUGGCAUAUUUCUGCCUGGUCACUCUUGCAGAAACCACAGCCCCCAGCCCAGACCAGCUCUCUGUGGAGGUUACAAAAUACAACCCGCCCUUCCAGAAUGAGGAGGAGCUACAGAAGACUCGUUUGAUUUUGCCUGUGGUGUCCAGUCCUGCUGCAUAUCUCUAUAAUGAGGAGAUGGUGUACGCCUGCAGCACCGGUGCUGGACGUGGAGGUCCUCCAGAAGAGAAGAUUUCUUUUAGCCUUCCAGGUGAUCGUAUCUGUGGUGCUGGAGUGUGCGAGGGUCUACCUGUGUUUUUCUCUCAAAACAAUGGACUUGUUGUAGUGACAGCACGUGAGAGCGCUUCCCUCCUGCCCGAAAACAUGGAGGAAUCACUCUGCACAUCAGUGGCUGGACCCGAGGGCACUACAUUAGAGACCCCCCCUAAAAUAGAUACAGUGGCCAAUGAGGACAAAACUAAACUGCUCAAACAAGCUUUCCUGCAGUUUUGCCGUCAUGAUUUGAUUGGUGCUCAGAGCAUGGUGGAUAACCUCUUUCCGAUCGAUGGGGAAGGAAGUGCGGAACUGGAUGAGGUUGUGACCCAGAUUGAUCUGGAUCUUGUGGAUGACUAUCCCGCGUGUGACCCCCGCUGGGCAGAGUCUGUACCCGACGAGGGCGCUGGGUUUACGCUGACGUCUCUGAUCCUGCUGCAUCAGUUGGAGGAUAAGAUGAAAGCUCACCGCUGCCUCAUGGACUUCCUGCUGCAGACGGGUCUUCUAGAUCGCCUCACCUCCGCCACGGUGCGCUCGACUCCAAUGGCGACCCGACUCUUGCUGUGCGAACACGCAGAGAAGCUUUCAGCCGCCAUUGUGCUGAAGAACCAUCACGCCAAACAUCCAGAGCUGGUGAACGCGGCCAUCCUGUCCACCUUGAAGAAGAACAACACAGAAAUCCCUGCCAACUUAACCCCUGCCGAUGUUUUCUUCAGAGAGGUGUCUCAGAUAUCCUCGAUCUUUGAGUGUCUGUUGGAUGAAGAGGAAAACGGUUUAAAAGAGAAUCCUGAUGAAUCUGUGCAGUGGGCUGAAGUUGUGCUCAGUGUCAAUGACAUCAUCAGGGAUAUGCUUCAAGCUGCAACACAGUACAGAGAGACCAAAGCAUCUCUAUACAGAGCCCCAGAGAGCUCCGGUCCUGAACCCGAAUACAUCCCAUGGACAGCCUCAGGUGGAGUGGGUGGGGUUCGGACGGCGAUCACACGCCAGCACGAGUUGAUCAUCCGGGCGGCGUAUCCUUACGCAGAUGCCAGACUACGCAAUGUGCUGAGCGAGCAGCUGGUGGCGCUGCUAGACUCUCUGUUGAGCGGUUACGUGGCUCAAAUGACGUCCCUCCGACGCGCCGCACAGCAGGAACGUUAUGACGCUCUGGAGCACGAGUACUCCCAGAAACGCACAGAGCUGCUUGCACCUCUGCUGGAGUUGGGUCAACAUCAGUGGGUUGCAGCACUGGCGGAGAAAUACUGCGACUUUGACAUAUUAGUGCAACUGUGUGAGCGGACAGAGAACCAGAGUCGACUGCAACAUUACAUGGUCAAAUUUGCAGAUCAGAACUUUGCCGACUUCUUGUUCCGCUGGUAUAUGGAGAAAGGCAAGAGAGGGAAGCUGCUGUCUCAGCCAGUAGCAACUCACCAUCAGCUGGCCAGCUUCCUGCAGGCUCACAAUCAUCUCAGCUGGCUACAUGACAUACAUGUGCAAGACUACCAGAGAGCCCAUCGCACUCUGUACGAUCAAGCCCUUACGGAGACGAGAUACUUCACUAAAAAGAAGACCCUGAUGGCCCUCAGUAAACUCACGGCUCUCGCGUCAGACAUGCCUGAAGCCGUACACCACAGACAGAUCAACGAUAUAGUGGAGCAGGAAAGAUUUCUGCUUCAUCAAGAGACUCUGCCUAAACAACUGUUGGAUGAGAAACAGCUGAAUCCAGAUACGAUGCCUUUGCUGACUCCUCAUAACCUCAUUAAUCUGUAUAUCUGCGAUGAGAACCGCGGAGCCAACGAGUACGACUUUAAGAAGGCUCUUGAUCUGAUUGAAUACAUUGAAGAGGAGGACGUUGAUAUUGAGGCCCUGAAGCGCGAGAUCUUCAGUAAGGCCUUGACGAAGGAUUGGAAAGAGAGUUGGUCGUCUUCAGAUGAUAAUGAUGACCCACUGGAAGCAGCCAGAGACAGCACUUUUGUUAAGAUCCUGCAGAAACUCAUUCAGGAAGGUGUUUCUCUGCAGUCGUACCUGCCUGAUGUGAAGGAUCUCCUACAGCAAGAAGAGCUAGAAAAUCUUAAAUCAAAGCCGUAUUUUGAGUUCCUCCUGCGAGCCAAUUAUGAGCACUACCUUAAAGCUUAGAUAUGAAAUCAUUUCCUGUAUUUCAGUUUCUUUGUUAAUAUCAAUAAAUGUUUUUGUACUGCAUUAUAUAAAAUACUUGAGGCAACGUUCCAAUUUCCGAAUA